AGCCCGCAACACUAAUCGGGCCGAUUUCUAAGCCCACCACCAACCGGUCAAACAUACGGCGUCGUAUUGUACUAUUUCGUCACUGUUUUCACCGCCCCACCACCCCUGACUGGUAGAUGCGAUUUCAUCCCAUCAGUAAAUAAUAAUUCUAAAAUCAAAUUAUUAUUUUUUUCAAUGGGGAGGGGUUUGGUUGAUUGUACUUGAUUGAACUCUUCUUUCUGCAUGAUUGGAUUUUUGUUGUUGUUUUUCUGUGAGAAGCGAUGACCUCCGAUUCGAAUUCUUCAUCCUCCGAUUCCUCCUCCGGAAGAGAUGACCGGAAUCCAGAUUCCGGCUCGGAGCCCGACCCGAAUCCGGAGUCAAUUGACCAAUCGCUUGACGCCAUUGAGAAUCAGCUGGCGUCAAUUUCAAUGGCAUCCCGUUCCCCGACGGCGACGCUUGACGAUGACGAAGAAGAAGAAGAAGAUCAAUCGGCGGAGCAGCUUACAAUCGGGAAUGGAUCAGUGGAAGAAGAAAUUGGAGUUGCCGGAGCAAUUGAUUCAAUCGAGGAUGAGCAUAUUGUUGACAAUAACAAUAUUAGGGCGGAGCUUCCGGGGGUGAUUGCAGAGAGCCCUUCCUUUGAGUGGAAGAAUAUUUCGGAGGGGGAUGAAGUUGAGCGGCCGUUGAGUCCGAACAGCAGCGGCUAUGCUGGUGAGAGGGGGAGCACCAGUGGAGGUGAUGACGUCAAUGAUGACGAAGAAGAUACUGAGAUCCGCGUGGUUGAAAAUGAUGGUGUUUCGGGGUCCCAUGAACAGUGGGUUUCUGGUAAACGCUACCCUGAUGAGGAUGAUGCUUCAGUUUCUUGGAGGAAAAGGAAGAAACACUUCUUUAUUUUGAGUCACUCUGGAAAACCCAUAUAUUCGAGAUAUGGGGAUGAAUAUAAGCUAGCUGGAUUUUCUGCAACUUUGCAAGCCAUCAUCUCCUUUGUUGAAAAUGGGGGAGAUCGAGUCAAAUUGGUGAAAGCCGGUAAACACCAGGUUAUUUUUCUUGUGAAAGGUCCAAUUUACUUGGUGUGCAUAAGUUGUACAGAAGAGCCGUAUGAAUCAUUGAAGGGACAGCUUGAGCUCCUCUAUGGUCAGAUGAUACUUAUCCUAACGAAGUCUGUAAAUCGAUGUUUCGAGAAGAAUCCAAAAUUUGAUAUGACAUCGCUGCUUGGCGGAACAGAAGCUGUUUUCUCUUCUCUCAUCCAUUCUUUCAAUUGGAACCCUGCCACGUUUCUUCAUGCAUAUUCAUGUUUUCCUAUGGCUUAUGCAACACGACAAGCUGCAGGCGCCAUCUUGCAAGAUGUAGCUGGCUCAGGAGUAUUGUUUUCUCUAUUAAUGUGUAAACACAAGGUUAUCAGCCUUGUUGGAGCCCAAAAAGCAUCUCUUCAUCCUGAUGAUUUACUAAUACUCUCCAAUUUUAUUAUGUCAUCUGAAUCUUUUAGGACAUCUGAAUCCUUCUCACCAAUUUGCCUACCAAGAUACAAUGCCAUGGCAUUUCUAUAUGCUUAUGUGCAUUACUUUGAUAUCGAUACAUACCUGAUCUUGCUCAGCACAAGUCCAGAUGCCUUCUUUCAUUUAAAAGACAGCAGGAUUCGGAUUGAAACUGUACUUGUGAAUUCAAAUGUACUUGGUGAAGUUCAAAGAUCCUUGGUUGAUGGUGGUUUGCAUAUUGAGGAUUUGCUUAUGGACCCCGGUUCUCGUGCUGGAGCCAAUUCUUCUCAUUUAGGUCAACCAAGACCUGCAGCAGAUUCCUCAGGGAGAAUUACUGACGGGUUUGUUGGUAUUGGUGGUCCAGCUGGACUAUGGCAUUUCAUAUACAAGAGUAAUUAUCUUGACCAAUAUGUGUCCUCUGAAUUUUCAUCGCCAAUCAACAGCUUGAGACAGCAAAAAAGAUUAUAUAGGGCUUACCAAAGACUUUAUGCAUCCAUGCAUGAUAACGGAACGGGACCACAUAAAACCCAGUUCAGAAGAGAUGAAAAUUAUGUGCUACUCUGCUGGGUCACACAAGAUUUUGAACUGUAUGCAGCUUUUGACCCCCUUGCAGAUAAGGCUCUUGCUAUAAAAAUAUGCAAUCGUGUUUGUCAAUGGGUGAAAGAUGUAGAAAACGAGAUUUUCUUGUUGGGGGCAAGUCCUUUUUCAUGGUAAUUCUCGAAAAUAUUUAUGUUAACUGACAUGUAUUCUAGUCUUUUUGCUCUAAUUAUUACCAUGUUUUUGCCUCUCGUAUAAAAUGUGCCUAAUUUUUACCGGCCCUAUUAGUGUGUGGUUCGUUUUUUUUUUCACUUUUUAUGAUUGUACCAUUUUUAUUUCCAGAUUGUAUUAUGAUUGACGAGCAUUUGUAUCAAUCUACGGCUCUUAGAAUAUGUACUAAUAAGCUAAAUAACCACGAGCUACUACUCUACCUGUUAAGAUGGUUUUUGAGACUUUAUUUUGUUUACCAAUA